CAAAGGUUGUCAUGGUAACAAGGCAGUCGUCACCACAGGAUGUAGAAGAGAAGAGUUGAGUUUUUGAUAUUUUACAUUUGUUAAAAAAUUGAAUAUCGAAAAUGUGGGGAGUGUUGGUUGUUAAUAUCAUUUUGUCGAUUAUGGGGUACUCUGUAAUCCUAAACAUAGUACCCAAAUUCAAGGAUAUGUUUGUAAAAGCCCACCUUUCCGGUGUCGACUUGAACAAGAAAAACAAACCGGAAUUACCAGAAGCUACUGGAGUCAUUACUAGCUGCAUUUUUCUUAUUGUUAUGUUUAUAUUCAUUCCCUUCCCGUUCAGUAAACAUUUCUUUAACAAGGAAUGGGGAUUCCCUCAUCAAGAGUUUGUGCAGUUUAUGGCAGCAUUACUUUCAAUAUGCUGCAUGGUUUUACUGGGAUUCGCUGAUGAUGUAUUAAACUUGAAAUGGCGACACAAACUCUUACUUCCAACUGUGGCUUCACUGCCACUGUUGAUGGUUUAUUAUACAAACUUCAAUUCAACCACAAUUAUUAUCCCAAAACCACUCAGAUUUUUGCUUGGGCAUGAUUUGGAUUUGAGUGCCUUGUACUAUGUAUACAUGGGAAUGCUAGCGGUGUUCUGCACUAAUGCAAUUAACAUUUACGCUGGAGUCAAUGGUUUGGAAGUUGGACAGUCUGUAGUUAUAGCAGCUUCCCUUAUCCUAUUCAAUGUUAUUGAAUUGAAUGGAGACUGUUGGGCCAAUCAUUUGUUUUCACUUUAUUUCAUGAUCCCAUUCUUUUUUACUAGCUUUGCUCUAUAUCAUUUAAACAAGUAUCCAGCUCGUGUUUUUGUUGGUGACACAUUCUGCUAUUUUUCUGGAAUGACAGUAGCAGUAGUAGCCAUCCUUGGGCACUUUAGUAAAACUGCCUUGUUGUUCUUCAUUCCUCAGAUUGCCAACUUCAUUUUUUCUUUGCCCCAACUUUUCCAUAUUUUGCCUUGUCCUCGACAUCGGUUACCAAGGUUAAACCAGGACACUGGUUGUUUAGAUCCAAGUGUAUUUCCAUUUAAGGAGAAAUCACUGAAUUCUUUGGGUCGUCUAGUCUUAAAAGUAUACCAAAUGUUAGGCUUAAUUAAAGUGGAGCGUACAGACAAAGAUAAAGAACUGUCUACAGGAACGAACUGUACUUUAAUAAAUUUGGCGCUCAAGUUGGUGGGCCCAACACACGAGAAGAAUUUGGCCGCAUAUCUGUUAGCUUUACAAGUUGUUUGCAGUAUGUUGGCAUUCGUCAUAAGGUAUCCGUUGGCGAGUUUGUUCUACGAUUGCUGAAAUUUCUUAAAACGUUACUGAAUUCUUCCAAAAUACAUGGGAUCAGCGGAAAA